AUGCCGCAAAGGAGGAGCAAGGCAGAUAAGGAGGAAAAGAGGAGCAUGUUUGAUGAUCUUCUUUCAGAUCUCGUGGAUGAUCUGGAAAUUGAUGAAGAGUUCAAACGACGCGGAAAAGCCGCAGCUAAUCGGGUCUUCCGGCUCCUUCAGAGGGAAUCAGAGUACAGAAUAGACCGUGUUAAAGUCGCAGGCGGGCAAGGCAAAAAUACCUCGAUCCGUGGACGACAUAUGGAUUAUGAUUGUGUAGUUUUCAUCAAUGGAGAGGAACCGCCAUUUUCUGACGUUAUUGAUGAAUUUGAGGCACUGAUUAACAACUUUUUUGAAAUACCAGUCUCGGUGACACCGUAUUCGCUCAAGUUUAAGCUGGAUGAUGUCAACUUUGACCUUCUCCCAGCCACAAAUGAAGUCCUAACGCACGAUACUUCGGACACGACUCGGAUGCAAGUUGCGAGGACUCUUGAUAAGAUGAAAAGGAUCCCUGCCGGCGAAAUUAGAUAUUACAGCGCAGCCCUAACAGAGGGGGCAUUGGACUUCAUUCAGUCUCGCUCUGACUUUGUUCUCAGCUUCAUCAAGCUUUGUAAGUACUGGAAUAACGGCGUAAAAUGCGGAUACAUCUCGGGCCGCUCGACAAUUAUUGAAACAAUUGCAGUGGCUGUAGCGGAGGAGGAGGAGACAAAAGCUGGUCAAAGCCGGAGAAAACCUUCUCUCAGAAACUCCAUCACAAAUUUCCUUGAGCAAAUGAGACAUACGGCGGAAAUAAACGUGGCCUUUUAUCACAACUACAGGAGAUCGGACGUCCCGAGACAUAUCGCAAAGCAGAGGCCUCUGGUGCUCGACCCGUCCAACCCCUGGAACAACCUACUUUCCCGACGGACCCAGUCCUCUCUCGAACCAUUUGAAGAACACGCAAAAAAUAUCUUGGGCGAGAUUUACAAGCUGAAUGCAGUGGCUUAUCAGCGGGACUUGGAAUACACUGACAUAUCGGCCUUAUUUCGGCCUUAUAUCCGCCUUAUCGGCCUUAUCGGCCUUUUGAUGGAUGUAGUACAUGCAUGCCGACGCCUUUUAUAUAGACCUGCAUGA